AUGCAUUCCGCUGUCCAUCAACAAGUUUCAGAUAUCCGCGGAACAGAGGCCCUUUAUCGAUCCUUAGCAUUGCCUCUAAUUGAAGACGAUCCAGAUAUUCGACAGAAGUACCGACCGUUCAUUCUUAAAGGCAAUGUGUCUGAGGACUGGGUCAACAACUUAGAGCUGGCCACGGCUCUAGACAUGGCCGAGCAUGACCUACGGAAUACGAAUAAGAGGCUGAGAGUUCUGGUGCUUUAUGGCAGUCUUCGAAGAAGGUCAUAUUCACGUCUCGUGGCGUUUGAAGCCUCUCGUAUCCUGUUCCGACUAGGCUGUGAUGUACGCGUCUUUGACCCUGAAGGCCUUCCAGUGAAGAACGACAGCGAUGCAAGCCACCCGAAAGUACAGGAACUCCGAGAGCUCAGCAAUUGGAGCGAUGGUCAUAUUUGGGUCUCGCCUGAACAGCACGGCAACCUAACCGCGGUUUUCAAAAACCAGAUUGAUUGGAUUCCUUUGACCACAGGGAGCGUUCGUCCCACACAGGGCCGAACGCUAGCAAUUGCCCAGGUUUGUGGUGGAUCCCAAUCAUUCAAUGCCGUUAACUCCCUGCGGAUUCUUGGUCGAUGGAUGCGCAUGUUUACUAUCCCGAACCAAUCCUCGAUUCCCAGAGCAUAUACACAGUUUCCGGACGAAGGUCAGCCAGAAGACCAACGACUCAUGCCUAGUGGAAACCGAGAUCGCCUGGUGGAUUGCAUGGAGGAAUUUGUCAAAUAUACAAUUCUGAUGCGUCCUCAUAUCGGGCUCUUUGGUGAUCGCUUUAGCGAACGAGAAGACAAGCGAUUAAAGGAGGCGAAGCUAGAUGCCGCUAUAUGA